AUGAAUCCCGGGAAAAGAAAGAGGCAGAAGACACUUUGCGAAAAGAACCUGGAAGAAGUGAAGAAGAUUACCAUUAAAAAUGACCCUAGAAGCAAACAAACAGACAAAGAAUGUGUGAAGAUUCAUGCAUUAGAAGCCCACAGAGGCCAAAGAGUAAAGGUAUUUGGCUGGGUCCACCGGCUGCAUAGACAAGGAAAAGAAUUUAAUGUUUUGGUGUUGCGGGAUGGUACGGGUUAUCUGCAGUGUGUCUUGUCGGAUGAGCUGUGUCAGUGUUACAACGGGGUGGUCCUGUCCACUGAGAGCAGUGUCGCCGUGUAUGGAACUCUAAAUCUCAUGCCAAAGGGCAAACAGGCUCCAGGGGGCCAUGAGGUGAAUUGUGACUUCUGGGAACUAAUUGGGUUGGCCCCUGCUGGAGGAGCUGAUAACCUGAUCAACGAAGAGUCUGAUGUGGACAUCCAGCUAAACAACAAACCCAUGAUGAUCUGAGGAGAAAACAUGUCCAAAAUCUUAAAAACACGGUCCUUGAUCACCAGGUGCUUUAGAGACCACUUCUUUGACAGGGGAUACUGUGAAGUCACUCCCCCAAUGUUAGUGCAAACACAAGUGGAAGGCGGAGCUACACUCUUCAAGCUUGACUAUUUCAGAGAGGAGGUGUUUUUGACUCAGUCUUCUCAGUUGUACCUGGAGACCUGCCUCCAGGCUUUGGGCGAUGUAUUCCGCAUUGCCCAGUCUUACAGGGCAGAACAAUCCAGGACACACAGGCACCUGGCAGAAUACACUCACAUUGAAGCAGAGUGCGCUUUCCUGACCUUUGAGGACCUUCUGAACCGACUGGAGGACUUGGUUUGUAAUGCGGUGGACAGAGUCUUGAAAUCACCCACAGCAAGCACAGUAUAUGACCUCAACCCAAACUUCAAACCCCCCAAAUGGCCUUUCAAACGGAUGAACUAUUCAGAUGCCAUUAUGUGGCUAAAAGAACACAGUAUAAAGAAAGAAGAUGGAACUUUCUAUGAAUUUGGAGAGGAUAUCCCAGACGCUCCGGAGAGAUUGAUGACAGACACCAUUAAUGAACCCAUCUUGCUGUGUCGAUUUCCUGUAGAGAUCAAAUCCUUCUAUAUGCAGCGAUGUCUUGAGGAUUCCCGCCUCACUGAAUCUGUUGACGUGUUGAUGCCUAAUGUUGGUGAGAUUGUGGGAGGCUCAAUGCGUAUCUGGGAUAGUGAAGAAAUGCUGGCAGGCUAUAAAAGGGAAGGGAUUGACCUCAAGCCCUAUCACUGGUAUACAGAUCAGAGAAGAUACGGAACAUGUCCUCAUGGAGAAUAUGGCUUGGGCUUGGAACAAUUCUUAACGUGGAUUCUGAAUAGGUAUCACAUCCGAGAUGUAUGCUUAUACCCUCGAUUUGUCCAGUGAUGUAAGCCAUAACCAAUU